AUGACCGAAAAGAGUUACGAUACCGAUAACAAACACAUUGCACAGCUCUCUCAAAAUGUAGAGGAGGUUCAAAUGCAAAAGGUUCACAAUGCACCUCUUGAUUCAUCAGUUCAAUAUCAACUUGAACCUUUGGUCAAUCAAAGUCGUGAUCACCUUUUUAAAAAUGUAAGCACGGCUUCAUCCCCAACAGAAUCUUCUCACAACGAAAGCGUAUCACGUGGAAUUAACAUCUCUGGAUCACAUGAUCAAAAUGAGAAAAAUUGGCCCACACCACCAACAUAUAGCAGAUCUGACGGAAAACAUACAGACGAUGGUCAUUUAAUGGAAGCAGGCUUGUCGGGAGUAAAUGCUACUGAAAUUGAUGAGGUAAAAGAAGGCUUGCAGACUGACAAGCAAAUUAGAAUGGCCUUUGUGAGGAAAGUUUACUUCCUUCUUUCCCUUCAAUUAUUAUGUACGGUUUUGAUAUCCGUGUUAUUUACGGUCAACAAAACCGUGUCGGAUUAUGUGCAAAAUCAUCCAGCGCUUUUCUUUAUCUCAUGGAUUCUAGCUCUUAUAGCAUUGGUAGUAUUGUUUUGGCAGCGCAAGAGAUAUCCUCUAAAUAUAGUUCUCCUGUUUACGUUCACAUUGAUUGCCUCGUAUAGUAUAGGCACAGUAGUAUCCAUGUACAGUGCCAAGAUAGUCAUACAAUCAUUGUUAAUAACGCUUGGCGUCUUCGUGGCUUUGCAAGUUUUCACAUUACAAUCAAAGUUUGAUUUUUCAUCAUGGGGUCCUUUCCUAUAUGCUUUCCUUUGGGCUUUGAUAGUUACUAUGAUGAUUGGAUUUAUACUUCCAUUUGAUCGAAGCUUCCACAUUCUUAUUAGCGCAGGGGCCGCAUUGCUUUUUAGUGCAUAUAUUAUAUAUGAUACAUACAUGAUAUUCAAGAGAAUGAACCCUGAAGAAUAUAUAGUAGCAGUAGUGGAAUUGUAUCUUGAUAUACUCAAUAUUUUUGCCGUGAUUACGACCAUUAUUGGUGGUACUUGUGAGGCGUCAUCAUAA